GUUUCUAGAUCUUUGCUGCUGCUAUUUUGGAGCGUGGUGCAAUGGCUGGUUGUGGGCUAGAUUGAUUGUGCUAUCUGCGACGAUGGACGGUAGAUUGGGUGACAGUCUAGGCGUGGGAGGGUGUGGUGGGAUCAUGGUUGCUUCAACUGCCGGAAUGGGGUUUUACGGUAGGCAUGAUCGUUCCUAUGGAGCAAGCAUGGGACGGGUGAUGAAGGUGCGAAGACUUUUGUCCCUUGAGGCACGAGGGAGAAAUGAUAUGAGUACGGAUUCGCAGAUGUGUAUAUAAAUAUCAACAAUAACACCAUCAUCCAAGCUAUCCUUUCGCAUUCUAUCCCCUGCUCGCACGUAGUCGGACAUGUGACAAUCCGUCGUGAAUUGGACUUACUGUUUGGUGAGAGACCGGGUAUCCUUGAGUAUAGAUCACACCGGUCUCUCGAGGAAGUGUCGAUGAACGAAUGCGCUGUCAACGCGUAGAACAAG